UAUCGUCAGAUUGAUCGAUUGAAGAUGCCUCCUAAAACUAGCGGAAAAGCUGCCAAGAAAGCUGGCAAGGCCCAAAAAAACAUUUCUAAAAGCGACAAGAAGAAGAAACGCAAGAGGAAGGAAAGUUACGCUAUCUACAUUUAUAAAGUAUUGAAACAAGUCCAUCCGGAUACGGGUAUUUCAAGCAAGGCUAUGAGCAUCAUGAACAGUUUCGUUAAUGAUAUUUUCGAACGCAUCGCCGCCGAGGCGAGUAGACUUGCUCACUACAACAAACGUUCGACAAUAACCAGCAGGGAAAUUCAAACAGCAGUGCGCCUUCUCUUGCCCGGUGAGUUGGCAAAACACGCCGUCAGCGAAGGAACUAAAGCAGUAACAAAAUACACCAGUUCCAAAUAAAGCAGGAAUUGUUGUUGCAUAUCAAACGGUUCUUUUCAGAACCACAAA